AUGGCCGCCCCCAUGGCACAAUGAGCCCGCUCCGGCCGCCGCUGCGCCGCCGGGGGGAACGCGGGCAAGCAGCGCGGCCGCCACCGGGUCCGGCCGCUUGGAGCUGAGCCGGCCGCUGACGCUGGGGUCCUCCGGCCGCUGCGAGAGAGGAGGACUCGUGUGCGGGCCCCACCGGGGCGAGUGACAGGGAGCGGCGGGGGAUGUGGGGCGCCUUGCUGCGGCGCGGGUGGUGCGGCGCCGGCUGUCGCCGGGCGCUGGCGUCGGGCGGCCCGCCCUGGAGCCAAGUUGUGUCGGAGGCCGAGAAGAUCGUGGGGUACCCGACGUCCUUCAUGAGCCUGCGGUGCCUGCUGAGCGACGAGCUCAGCAACAUCGCCAUGCAGGUCCGCAAGCUGGUGGGCACCAAGCACCCGCUGCUCGACACCGCCCGGGGCUUUGUGUGUGAUAGCCGAAAUAAUUUACAGAUGCGAGGUUUGGUUGUAUUGCUUGUUUCCAAAGCUGCUGGACCCAGCACGGCAGAACUCUCUUUCCAGCACAACAUGGUCAGUGGAAUUUACUCCAGUCAAAGAAGUCUGGCUGAGAUUACGGAACUGAUCCACACUGCCUUUCUGGUGCAUCGUGGUAUUGUGAAUAUUGGUGAGCUCAAGUCCUGUGAUGGCCUGCUGAAGGAUAUGCAGUUUGGAAAUAAAAUGGCUGUUUUGAGUGGUGAUUUUCUUCUAGCAAAUGCUUGCACCAGCCUUGCACAGUUGCAGAAUACCAAGGUUGUGGAACUCAUUUCAAGUGCUAUUGGUGAUUUAGUUCAAGGUAUAUAUUAUGAAAACUCAAAAUCAUCUGAGGAGAAUUGUCUUACAGAUGAUAUCGGGAUAUCUACGUGGAAGGAGCAGGUUUUCUUGUCACAUAGUGCCUUACUGGCAAAGAGCUGCCAGGCUGCAAUGGAGCUGGCGAAGCACAGCACUGAGAUUCAAGACAUGGCAUUUCAGUAUGGAAAGCACAUGUCUAUGAGUCAUAAGCUACAUUCAGACCUUCAGCCGUUUGUUAAAGAAAGUUCUAGUGACAGCAUGGCCUUCAGUUUGAAUUCUGCUCCCGCAGUCCUCCACCAGGAAUUCCUUGGAAGGGAGGCAUGGAUUAAACAGAUCAGAGAGGCACAAGGAAAAGGAAAUAUAAUGGACUAUAAGAAGCUGCAGGAAGCCAUCAAGGCCGGCAAAGGUGUGACUUCUGCCAUCGACCUCUGCCGCUGCCACGGAAACAGAGCGCUGGCUGCCCUGGAGCACUUCCCUCCCUCUGAGGCCAGGGCUGCCUUGGCCAACAUCGUCUACGCUGUGACCAGGUUUCCCUGACCCACUGUCUGGGAAAGGAGCUUCUCUCCCUGAAGCUGAUGAUGCCCCGCACCACUCGUCACCUCCUUGGCCUGGCCCAGCCCAGCCCAUCCAGCUGGAGGAAUAAACAUCAGCCGCCACCACCACCAGCAAAAUUCGGGAGGGGGAAGGAAAAAAAGGUCAGAGACGUUUUUGGCUUGUUGUGCCAGGAGCACACUUGAGGCUGCACUGGUAGAAAUAAUUAAUGAGUCCCGUUUCCGUGACCUCAGCAAAUGGACAGGAAAUAAGUCAGUAUUGAUUGGGCACCGGCGGGGACGGCGCCAGGGCGGAGGCCGGUGGUUUUCCUGCCCGAGGGAGGGAUGGAGGGAUGCGAAGAUCCAGGUGUCACAAGAAACCUGCUCCAACCUGCCCAGAGAGCGCGAGCUGCCGAAGACGGGAAUUAAGGAGAGGAAGGGCAGUCCGAGGGAUUAAUGAGAGAAAAUCCUCCCUCUCUGUCUCCUCUGCAUGUGGUCAUGUCUCCUCACACUGUUUUUAUGUAUUCAAAUGUAAGAUUACUCUGUGCCUAAUGCUUUCCGUAUUUGAGAAACUUGCUGAGAAAAUGUGUCAAGCAUGGUAAGUAGGAGCUUUCAAAUAUUUAAUCAAAUAUUAAUUUGGCUCUGUUAAGGGAACUGAUUGCCUGGGUUUUAUACUGUGUGUGUAUAAUAUAUCGCUCUGGGUCAAAGAAUGAGGUUUUUCCGACUCUUCUGAGGGAAGGAACAUCCUUCCUUCAGAUCCAGCAGUUUAUUUCAACACAGUCUUACACAGAAGAAUUUCCUAGGUUUGUGACGCUUGCUUUCAUUUAAGCCAAAUAAAUGUUAAUUUGUAAGGCUAGACGUCGGCCUUUGGCAGAAAGGAGGAAGGAACAGUCUUCUGUGAGUACAGUCUUUCGCCGCAGUGAAUAAAAUGCAGAAACUACUAGAGAAGUUUUGGACCUCAGUGUGUUGAAUUUUAAAGUCCAAUUACAGACAGCCUAUAAGGUGUAUCAGAAGCCUGCAAUCUGAGACCGUCUCUGUUUUGUUCAUUGGAGAUGAUUUUUGCGGUUUGCAUGCGUGCAAUCUGAGAACGCCGUUGACAAGAAGGCUGAGUUUACAUAAAUGAUCUAGAUUGAGACUCAGCUACCUUUCUUCCUUCUGUGGUGUAAUUACAGACCAAUCUGGAGACAGCUAGCACAGCAAACAGAUUUCAUUACAUCCCUCACUCAAACACUAAGUGGAGUUAUUUCUGUUAAAUUCUCUCCUCCCUCCUUCUCCCCCUGCACUCCAUCCCCCUGUCACAGAGCUUGUUUGUCAUAGACCAGUGUGUUGCGUUCCACCGAAUGCAAAAGAUAAAUACAAACUCCAUCCUCUAAAAAUACACAUCCUGCAUUAUGUACAUAAUAUUCUGUGUAAUAUAUGCUUGUGUUAUACCAUAAUAAUGUAUGUAUAUUAGGCAACCUUGAGACACAGUCUUUGUUUAGGAGCAGCAUCCAGAACUCGGGACUCGCUUUGUUCUGGAGAAUGGCUUUAGUGCCAGACCCCUGCCUGCUUGCAGUUUUUCUCAUGGCUGCACCGGCAUUUUCUCUCUUCCCAAGACUCUGGCACUUCUGAGACGGAAGAAGAGCACCAAGAAGCAUGGGUUAGCCCAGGCAGUGGCAGCAACAGGCAUCUGCCUUAGCUCACUACUGUACAUUUUCACCUGUGAAGUUCCCUGAAGUUCUGCUAGCAAAAGAAAAAAAAUGUGCUUGAAGGAAAUACCUAGAUGCAACCAGAGUCAUAUUUCAGCUUCUUUUGGCACUGUUUUUUAUAUAUUACAUACAGUAGGAGCCAUACAUCAUCUUCUCUUCGUCUUCCAUCUAUGUUAAUUGGUUCAUAAUGAUUUAGGGCUGCAAGAAACUUGUAUCUGCUGAAGAUAUUCUGAGCCAUCUCACCUCAGUUAUAUGAAAGAAAUACCAAACAUACUGUAAAACUGUACACUUGGCUUAUUUUUUUCAUGAA